UAUGCUCGCUACCUGUGAGCAUUUGUGAGUCGGUGAGCUUUGAGCGGGCUAUUUCCGGGCGAAUAAUACACAUCUACAGAGACAAAAACGGAUGUUAUAGUUGGUUUCGGGUUGUAUUAGUGUGUGAUUUUUGAAUUGUUUUAGUUUUUUCUUCGGAGUUUUUUUUCUAUUUUUGCCUGGCUGUGAUAUCGGACUGAAAAGUACUGGGUAAAGUGUUUGAAGUUGGUGAGGAAGUUUAGGUUUGAUCUCUUGAAAAAAAGAUUAACCUAACAUUAAUACCCGUUCUUUAAAUGGGCUUGAACAAACAUUCAAAUUCACCCAUCGCGCCUGCUAGACUUAUGAAUUUUUGAAACUUUUCAAAGGAAAAUGUUAAUUUCGAACGGCACUACACUGGCGACGGGAAACGAUUUUUCCAGCGUUGCCACGUUGUCCGGUUGCUGUCCAGUGGCGCCCAAUCGUGCGGGCAUCGUCAACUGGAAAAUGGACCCUGUGGGAUUGCCUGUGCCCAACACCGCACCCAGUGUGUUGAGUUCUGGAGUGGCUCUCAGUCCAACAGUAGCUACAUCUGCUUCACUUCCCAGCCAAAACCCAGUGUCCACACCCACAGGACCAUCAGUCUCAUCUUCAAUUCAGUCAUCUCUAGGCCCAGCAGCUUUAAGAGAGCUUUAUGCUGGAGCCAGUGUCCCUCCCGGACAUCCACUAGCCUCUUUGGUGUCACAACAGAGGUUUUUGGAAUUGUCCAGGUUCGGGCUGAGGCACUACGACUUGGCUCAGCAUAUGCUGACGCAGCAAGGAGCUGUGACGAAAUUAUUAGGAACCUUAAGACCGCCAGGCCUGAUAGGAGGGAGCAAACCAAAGGUAGCAACACCAGCUGUA